AUGUCCGCUCCCAACCCCAAGGCUUUCCCUCUUGCUGAUGCCACCCUCACCAAUCAGAUCCUGGACUUGGUGCAGCAGGCUGGUCAGUACAAGCAGUUGAAGAAGGGAGCCAACGAAGCCACUAAGACUCUCAACCGUGGUAUCGCCGAGUUUAUUGUCUUGACUGCCGACACCGAACCUAUUGAAAUUUUGUUGCAUCUUCCUCUGUUGUGCGAGGACAAGAACGUUCCUUACGUCUUUGUCCCCUCCAAGACCGCCCUUGGACGCGCUUGCGACGUCACUCGCCCGGUUAUUGCUUGCUCGGUCACAACGAACGAAGCACGCGAGUUGCAAUCUCAAAUUGAAACGAUCAAGCGCAAGAUUGAGACUUUGUUGAUUUAA